UUGUAGUCUGUACUAGAGAUCUGAGCAGGACGAUCAGAGGGGAGCAGUGCAGCAGCAGCAGCGGGCGGGAGGCUGGAGGCUGGUAGGAUGUUGCGUCUAUGCUGCCGAUUAGGCUGAUCAGAGCCGGAGCAACGAUGCAGUGACAGUCUACACAGGAAGACACGGGCACACACACUCACACACGGACAGAGGGAGAGAGAGAGAGGGAGUAAUAACACACGAAUGCGCACGAGAAAUGAUCCGCUUCUAGACUAUGGCACCGUCGGGCUCGCGUAGUAUCAAGAAGGGCUGUCAGAGAGUUUUGUACUGGAUCCCGGUCCUCUUCAUCGCCCUCAUAGUGGCGUGGUCAUACUACGCCUAUGUGUUGCAGCUUUGCAUAGAGUCCAUCGAGCACACAGGAUUAAAGGUGAUAUACUUGCUGGUGUAUCAUGUCAUCUUUAUCAUGUUUGUGUGGGCGUACUGGCAAACCAUCUUCACCAGACCCAUGAACCCCCUGAAGGAGUUUCACCUGUCCCACUCUGACAAGGAGCUGCUGGAGCGUGAAGAUCGAGGGGAGUCUCAGCAGGAGAUCCUGAGGAGGAUAUCCAAGGAUCUUCCCAUCUACACCCGCACCAACUCUGGAGCAAUCCGUUUCUGUGACCGCUGCCAGCUGCUGAAGCCUGAUCGAUGUCACCAUUGUUCAGUCUGUGAUAAAUGCAUCCUGAAGAUGGAUCACCACUGCCCAUGGGUGAACAACUGCGUGGGAUUCUCCAACUACAAGUUUUUUAUGCUGUUCUUGGCAUAUUCGCUACUCUACUGCCUUUUUAUAACUGCGACAGAUCUUCAGUACUUCAUUAAGUUCUGGCUGAACGGUCUCCCAGACACUCAGGCCAAGUUCCACAUCCUGUUCCUCUUCUUCUCGGCCUCCAUGUUCUCAGUCAGCCUGGCUUCGCUUUUGACCUAUCACUGCUGGCUCGUCUGCAAGAACAGAUCUACUCUCGAGGCCGUACGUGCUCCAGUGUUUCGUCACGGCACCGAUAAGAGCGGUUUCAGUCUGGGCUUCAGGAAGAACUUCCGCCAGGUCUUCGGUGAUGAAGUGAAAUACUGGCCGAUUCCUGUUUUCUCCGGUUUAGGUGACGGGUGCUCGUUCCCAACCUGUCUGGUGAAUCUGGACCCGGAGCAGCCAUCAUCACCCUCCGGCUCCAACCCUGCCAACAAGAGUGCAGCAGAGGGCCGCCAGUUCCCCUCCAAGCCGCUGAGGGAGUCUCAGAGUCGACUGCUCACCAGCACCCCCUCCUGGACCUGAGAGUGACAGGGCAGCAGACAAAGACAGGAAGGGUGCCAGUAACCAAGGGAUGAGCAUAGAACAUGAGGCGUGACCUGAGUCAGAGAAAGAAGUGACACCUUCGACCCAGAAAAGAGUAUGCCGCCACGUCCUCAGUGUUUGUGCCUAUCAGAACGUGACGUGGUGGUGACAUCAUCACUAUUUGUGGUUUUCCCAUACUGCACUCUGCUUCUGAGCGCUUUACGUGACUGAUAUCACGUGCAAAGCAGAGAAAAGUUAAUUAUCCUAAUCAGUAUUACUCAGUAUUUGGGCUUCAGAAGAAGUGGAUUUCAAUUUAAAUUGCAUUCCAACAAUCACGUUUGGUUGUUUGACUAUGAAUAAGCACAGAGCAGCGAUGGAAGAGAUGUUUUUUUGCACUUUGUAUACUAAGAGAUCAUUUUGAGCUGCUUUCGUAUUCAUGAAACUAUAACUUUGUUUUAUGUCAUUUCCGUAGCUUAUAGCAUAAGUAAAUGCUGUUAUCAGUUUGCCAAAUGUUUGCACAUUAAGUAUAGAUUGGUAGUGGUGUUAAUGUGAUGUAACUGAUAUUUAUUUAGCCUUUUUUCUUCUUCAGUGAAAAUGUUUUCGGAGGGGGCACGACAUGUUGAGUGUCGUGGAAUUGAUGCAUGCUCUCAUCUCAGGAUGUCGACACAAACACACCUUGUUAUAGUGAACUGUACACAAGAUGUUCCCCCAUUUGCUUGGAUUUAAAAAAGAAUAGAAAAAGAAAAAUAAGUGUAGUCAUUAGUUAUUACAUUUGAAUAAGGGCUCUUCUGACUCGUUAUAGCAUGAGUGAGGAUGUUGCUGUCACACUGCUGGUGCUGUGACGGUGCGUCUCCCCUGCCAAACAUCUAAGUGGCUGUGUGGUAGCCUGCAGUACACGUCAAACUGCUGGCCAAAAGCUCCCCGAUGGUCUCUGGAGGCCAGCAAAGCCUCUGUGUAAUGCUGCAGAUCUGUUCCCUUAUAAAACAGCAGAUACUGUCGGGUGUUUUUCUAACUCACGUGAUCCGUGUUGUGGAUGUACUGCAGAGCAACAAAAGAAAAGAAAGAAAAAGCUCCAGCUGCUGUGUACAGUAUAUGUUCACCUUCUGAGUCUGUUCUCGUCUCUGGCUGGAAAUGAUCAAACUAUUGGUUGAAUGUAUGCUUGUUAAAAAAAAAAAAAAAAAA